GAUUGACUGUCCCUACUAAGAUGCAUAUAAACUUAUAAGGGUACGGUCCUGAUUUGUUAUUGAAGAAAUAUAGUGGACAGCCGUGUGGUGACUUAAAUACAGAAUAAUCGAAAUGGACUCACUGCAAAAUAAAAACUAAUACAUAAGGCUAAUAUAGAUAUAUCUGCGUAUAUUUGCUUACAUACAUAAAAUCAUUUGAAGUAUGGGUCCAUUUUUACGGAAACACUUAACAGUCAAGAAUUUUUAUCCAAUACAUGAUGAUCCCACAAUAUUUAUAACUUGCCAAUGGCAAAAAGAUAGAACUAAACCGAACCUACUGUAUCUUCUGUACAGAACAAUAGUGAUGCUUAUAUUCUUUGUAACUUGGAUUUAUUCGAUAAUAGUGGAAAGUGGAGCUGGGAAAUAUCCUAUAUUUCUGACAAAUUGGGGGUAUACAGGCUGCACCAUCCAGUCGUUAUUAGCGUUUUUCAUGUUAUCAACGGCUGUCCUAGCAAUAUAUUUUCAAAAUAUGGUAAAAUUACACAAGGUGGUAUUAAAACUGUACCCAAUUUACUGGUUGUUGAAUACAGUAACAACACCUACUGCUUUCGCAAUUACAACUGUCUACUGGAGUAUUUUAUUUGAUGGCAACAGCCAAUAUCGUGUUAUGAACUACUUUGUUCACGGUAAUAAUUCAGUAAUGAUGUUUUUGGAUUUAUGUAUGGUGUCCCACCCGAUAAGAUUCCUACAUGUUAUUUAUACAAUAGUACUAGGAUUGACUUACGUACUUUUUACUUUAAUUUACUAUCUCGCAGGAGGCACUGGCUAUGGCGGUGCGAGAUAUAUAUACAGCAUAGUUGAUUGGUCGAAGCCAAGCCAGACAAUAGGUGUAUGUCUUGGUGUAAUUAUGUUCCAGGUCGUUCUUCAUAUGGUUAUUAUUCUGAUUUCUUUCGUCAGAAUGUCUAUUGCAAAAAAAUUCCGUAGUAAACAAUUCGACAUAUCCAUAAAGGAAACAAAGAGGCAGACUUCGUUUGUAAAUGAAGCAAUGCUAAGUAAUGUAGUUUGAUGACCUAUACCUACCGUGUUAGAGUUUCUUAAGUAGUGCCAUAUUAUAUUUAUGUAGAUGUAAAAAACAGGGUAUUUCAAAUUACGUGGCAAACACCUAAUUUACUUUACUUUGUAUAACAAAGAAAUGUAAGUGCGAACUAUAAAAACUUUCAUAUACCAAAAGAAUUACAAAGAGAUUUUAUGUGAAAAUAUUUAUUUUGUACAGGGUCCUUCGCGACGAGUUGAAUCGAUAUGUAUAUGGGAAAGUACUGCGAUUAGUGUUCUGAAAAUUUGCUUGCAUGGCUUUCCCGAAAUUCACGUUACAGCUAAAAUAAUUUCAGUCUUCUGAAACUUCCGGUUAUACCGGAAGUGGACUGAAACUUUCGGUUAUACCGCAAGUGGACUGAAACUACGUUAUUUUAAAUGAAAUGCUAUGGUUUUUAAUAAAUUCAGCACCAUUUUCUGAACACCCUAUAUAGAUUUUUGUCAAGGUUUUUACAGAUUUUGAAAGCUGUAAGUGUUAUUUGUCCAAAUCCCAAAAAUAUUAGACCUGACUCACUUAAACUUAGAAAUAUAAUUUUUGUAGUGGAGGGCUGCAUGUAUCCAAAAAUUUCGAAUAUGUGAAAAAAUUGAAAAUAUGGAAAUUUCGCGUAGAUUACAAAAAUUUAAUGAAAACCAAGCAUUCCACUUUGGGUCGGUUAUACCGGAGGUUUCAGAAAACUGAAACAAUUUGAGUUGAAACGAGCAUUUCGGAGAAGCUCGUCGUGAAGGACCCUGUAUGUAUGAUCUACAACUCCAUGACUCAGAAAGAUCCCAUUUAAAUAAUUUUGUGUAAUGAAAAAGAAA